AUGAAGCCGGAAGACAAAGCGAAUCAGCCGCCAGCGGAGCCUAGCCCCCAGAUACCAGUGCCUCCUAGCCUGGUAAUAGAAGAGGGGAAGGCAGGGGCGCUUGACGAUACCACCGGCCUGAGUAAGUCGACGAUCAAAAAUAGGAAGAAGAAAAUCAGGAAGAAGGCUAUGCGAGAGCUUCUUAAACAAGAAGAUGACCACGCAAGCCGAGAGAUUUCCAAAGACACUCAUGUGCCUGAUCCUGCUGAGUCGUCCGCUCAAGGCCUCACUAGCUCCACCUCAACCAUUUCGCCUCAUGCGUUGGCACUUGAGGAUAAGGUGGCACUGCCUGCAUCGUCUGCACCUAGCUCUUCUGGUAGUGAUAUCUAUUAUACACCAGAGAGUGGGAGAAGUGGUACGUACUAG